ACAACAGACUUCAGCAGACCAGUUGACCUCUAUCAUUCCCUGUCAGCAGACACUUUCCUAAAAUGACCAACUACAUCACAGCACUUCAAGUGUCCAUUGAUGAAGCUGAGGAGCAAAUGCUCCAAGCAGAAGGCUUCACAAAAAUCAAUGUUGAUCUGAACAAAGGAGCAGGAGGGAAUCACAUCUAUCUUUGGUACAAACGUGGAUCGUGUCCUAUCACCAAGGUUCAAGUUUCCUUCAGCAAUGAGAUGGCUGACGGUUUGAUCAAUGCAGGGUACACAAAGAUCGAUAAAUGUCUCAAUGCUGGAGCAGCAGGUAGUCACCUCUACCUUUGGUACUUCCAUGGGUCCGGAGAGAAUGAUGUUCCCAUAGUGGACAUUUCUGUCACUGCCGAUGCACACAAUGAAGCUGCAAAAUUCAAAUUUGGUUGGGAGAGAGUAGCCUGUGAUCUAAACCGCCGGGCUUGUGGAAACUGGAUCCACGUCUGGCUGAAGAGAGAGAAACAAACGUACAUCUGUGAAGUCACUGCCACUGAUUCCUUUGGGUCAGACUCCGACUACUUUAAGGAUGGCUACAUCCGUCUGGAUGAAGACACUAACAAGGCUGCAGGAGGAGCCUUUGUUUUCAUCUGGUACCGUCAGACCACCGACCCCAAGAAGGCACUCAAAGACCUGAAAGUCUCCAUCACUGAUAAUCAGUAUCAGGAAUAUCAGCAGCAAAAUUACAAGUCAGUGAGUGUUAACCUGAACGAGGGGACCAAUGGGCACUCUGUGUACCUGUGGUACAAGAAAAAGGGAUGCAACAACCCCAUCAAGACCAUCGCCCUGCUCGUCAACAUCGCUCUGAUUCCAGAGUAUGAGAAGGCUGGUCUCAAUGUUGUGAAGAGAAGUCUUAACGAGGGAAACUGUGGCUGCUUUGAGCAUCUGUGUGUCUAUCAGUAAAGGCUGAGCAUUCUUUACACUCACUGAAGUAAAGAGCAGAGUCCAACAUUUCAAUCAGUGCUACUUGUAAUCAUAGAAAGUAUAAAUUCUUCAUUUGAUUUUACGUUAAUCUCAUUGUCAAUUAAAUCAAACUAUUUCAAAUGUCUGUUUUUCAGCUAUAAUCUUAAUGAAUGAUUAAAUGUUAUGGCUUUCUUUCACUUUAUUCUGCACACUUUCUGUUCUAAAUAAAGACGACUUUGCAUUUAAAA